GCGCCGGUCGAGUUGCCUUUUGCUCGUCGCCCCUUAUCUGCCGGUGCUAUCGAUACUCAGAUACGGCUCGCGUGAAUCGUACCGCCCGCGUCGCGGUAACACUCCGAGCGCUUCCGUUUCAGGAGUCGUGGCGCAGCCGUUAAGUUUAUCGUCCUUUGACAGAUCAUCGGCCAAGUUAUUGUGAAAAUGAGUAAACAGUGUUAAAAUAAAAGUCGGACAACUUACGCGACUUAAACUGACUUAUAGAAAUAUAUUCAAAAUGGUAUGUAGGACGCAAGUGAGUGAAAUGGGAACUUAUAAAGUGAUUAGUUAGUUUUGUGCCCUAUUAUAGAAUGGGUAUACUUAUGGAAACCACCGAAGUAAAUCUGGGCACUUCCAGCUACCGGGGCCGCCGAGCCCAGCCGGAGCUCUUUGGCGCAAUGGGAACUCCCAGUGAUCUCUUCGCGGAGACUGUUCACACCAUCGCCAUAAAUACCAUGGAGACAGAAUUUGGCAGUAUCGUGGAGCCGAUCCCUAUAACGCUCAAGACGUACAAACAAUUGCAAGCUCAUGGCCACCCGUCUAUGGGGAUCAAUGGUUACAGCUAUCCGCAACAAAUGGUGACGGCGCUUGCACCAAUGCCUCAUUAUGCUACUUACGUCCAAGAAGUCCAGCGACCCUCCACGUCAAGUCAUACUCCCAGUCCGGUUAAGGAGGAAACGAAAGAUGAUCAAAAGAUCACAAGGCCACCCAAAAAGAAAUGGAUUAAGGAGUACCUAGAGGAGGAGCCGAAGUCGCUGGUGCCGGUGCGGGUGGCAGGACUGCCAGUGACGACGCGCAGCAACGGCGUGGUGCGGCCGCAAUCACCGAACGCGCCGGCGGCAGCUCCCCCCGCUGCUGCCGCGCCCGCGCCCGUGGCUCACCCCGCGCCCGAGCCGGCCCCCGCGCCCUCCUCCUUCCUCGACUUCGUACAAGAACAUUCCAGGCCGCGAACGACGAGCAACAGUCAUGGGCCGUCCCAAAUCCCCUCACCCCCUUCGGUGGGCAGCAAUGGCAGUGGUAGCGGAAGCAGUAGCGGGAGCGCCCCCCGCGCCGGUACACGCGAAGUUCACAAUAAGUUAGAGAAAAACCGCCGAGCACAUCUCAAAGAAUGCUUCGAACUCCUGAAGAGACAACUGCCAGCGACCUCUGAUGAUAAGAAGACCUCAAAUCUUUCUAUCUUGGGGUCUGCUAUACGGUAUAUUCAGGUGCUUCGUCGUAAGGAGCGGGAGUGCGAGCACGAGAUGGAACGACUGGCACGCGAGAAGAUCGCUGCGCAACAGCGGCUGGCCGCGUUGAAGCGAGAGGUCUCCGUACGAGCGACGGUUCGCCCGCGUAGCAUCGAUCCAACAACUGAAGAAAAAGAUAGGGAAGAUAAAGUAAAUGGACAAUUAUUAGGAACUUCAAUAAGUAUUACCUCCUCGCCACCCAGUUCCGUAACGCGGAUGGAUACCUCCUCUCCACAGACGUUGAAUCUAAGCACGAAGCUACGCACGCUGCCGAUUCAAAUAACGCCUACUACCUCACAGGUGGUGCGAACGUCGUACGGAGCGCGACAUAACACGCUGACUUUUACCACUCUCGCACCGGCUGAUACUGCCGCGCAGAACGGUCAACCAGCAGAGAACGGCGUGACGAAUGCACUGAGUACAACUCUGGUGCAUCCGGCUCAAAUACAUUUACCAUUAUCACAGAUGGUAGGUAGCGGAGGGUUGGUAGUGGGAGGCGCGGCGCUGCAGCUGCUAUCCGCAGGUGCCGGCCUACGGGUGCUACAAGCUCCCGCUGUGCAGGCUAAUGGUGUGACUACAGGAGAGAAUAAUAGGAUCCCUAAAGAAAAUGGCAUCGUGUCGCCUCCACCUGUGCCAGCCGAUGGUGUAGUAGUAUCCAGUCUGGGUCCAUUAGUGGUGUCGCAAGGCACCACGCUGCCUCACCCACAUGCCCAUCUACUGCAUACGCACACGCUCGCGCAUAAGAUGGUAGAAACGCAAGUCGUAAAAGGCAGCGUAACUCCUUUAACGGUCAGCGCACAGUAUCUUAGUGCCACCACGAUAGUCAAACCUGUGGUGGUGGUAUCAGGCGCACAUACCCCGCCGCCUGCACCUGCUCCCAGCAACGCCCCGCCCUCUUCUAAUACGUGAGGGUACCGCUACCGUCUCCUCCCGCGCCGUUCGUCCUCUACUGUCACAAAAUGGUGACGAGCACCUUACGCCUUAUGAACGCCUGAUAUCAAGAAACUUGAUCAGCGCGGAAAUAUCCGGUAUACCUAGCGCGUAAACUAAGAUGUUGGUGAAUUUAUUUUCAUGAGUGCGAGUGAAUAAGCAACAAUUGUAUUGAUGAGAGUGAAAGAGAAAUCCGAGAUAUAGUUGCCCCGUCUAUGUGCGCUAGGUCUGAAGGAAAUAUGAAACUGUCUCAUUCGCUUAUGCCUAAAAGCAAUAGCCGUUUAUGCCUUAUGAUCGCCUGGUACUGUCUAGGAGCAUUUUAUUGCAACGGCGUUCAAGACGUUCUCCACGCUUUUACACGAGGAUAACGCCCGGUCUGUUUAAGUUUAAUUAGAAAGGGAAGAAUUUGGUCAGAUGUACACUGCCAAAGGAAAUUUACAAGCAAUAAUUCUGUUAUAUGUAAUGGUGCGUGAGAGAUUAAAUAACAUUUGUCUCAGAGUGGCGAAAACUCGAUGCCAAGUUUCAGUUGCGUGAAAAUCUCAUUUGUGAGCUUAGGGACUGCAACCAUUCCUUGAAAACUUAGGGUGGACAGGUUACAUUCGUCUCCCUUUCACACUUUAGCCGAAAUAUGUGCGAAAAAGAGAAAGAAACUCGCUAGAGUGUGAUAGGAACGCAACUUAACCGGUCUUAUGUUAAGGCCGCGCGUAUGUAAAAAAAAUAUUUAUGCAAUACCUACUUAGUGGUCAGUUUUAUCAUCGAUCAAUGAAACAAGAAGACUGCCAAUUGCCAUACUUAAAUUUGUAUCCUACAACCGAGAAAAAAAUCGGUAUUACUGCUACUACUACUACUAGAUGGCGUUAGAAUCAGCGGGCAACUUGUUACGAAAGUUUUGUUCGUCCAAGUAGUACGCUUUACAUCCUAUAGAUGGCAUAGUAAAUCGGAAGCUCUGAUAUUCAGUCCUGUUGUUUUAUUGGUCCGUGUAAAUGGUCAGUUUUAUUUAAUGCUGGUGAUAGCAAAGUGACAAGUAGUGAAUGAAAAAUGAAGAAACAACCGGCCAAAAAAAAUCACUUCAUAUUUUUCUACGAAAAAUUAAAAAACAAUUCCAUAAUGUGAUGACCUACAAUAAUUUAUAUCAAAGUAGGCGUAAUGUUAUUUUAUUUUUAUUUAUUGAAGUUUUAAAGCCAGUAGAUAUAGGGAGCAAAGUUUUAUAAUAUUGAUCAAAAUUUGGAAAGUAAUUCGGAGCGGUUACCUCAAAAUGGCAAGCCCAUUUAUAUCAUUUUAGCUUAGCGAUAUGAAAUUAGUAUAGACGCCCAAACUGUUAAGAUUCGUUAACUAUUGUACGGUGGAUAACACUUUUACUUUAUAGCAUGUAUAAAACUUUUAGGUUAAGUUGUCUUAUAACUUAAGUGCCGAACAAGUGGGUAGGAAAAUGCAUGUGAAAUUAAAAGUGGGGUCGAAUGUACGGUAAGUUCUUUUGAGUAAGAUUGAGUAAUUAAUUAUACACCCUAUAUAUUUUAGCCGUUUGGACGACUAUGCCGAAUCCGUUAUUGUGAAAUCGUAGAAUUAGAAUAAAGUGUACUUGUUAUAUAUAGUCUUAACAGGAUAAAAAAAGUUUAUUUUUUCUACAAUAAUCUGUGAUCAACGCUGUAGUACUGGAAAUUCUGUACAAAGAUGUCUUUUAGGUAUUGUCAAUUUCUAAAAAAAAAGUGUGUUAUUGAAGUCAAUAAUUAUUAAAUUUUAGCUAAUAAAAUUAUGUGGCUUAUGCGUGUCGCGAAACUGCAACAUUUGAAAUGAACAUCUUGUGAUAGAAAGCCGGGAGACCAGGACUUUUAAGACGCUUGAAGAUAAAUUCUAUUGCCGACUUCCUCUCGCAUUCGUUGUUAUGUAUUCGUCAGAGGGAGACAUAGCUAGUUAAUGGUACACCUACCUACCUCAGGUCACAAUUAUUAAUGUUCUGGUCUUCGUUGCUGGCACGGGCCGUGCGGCCGUCCCCACAGUGUGCCUACAAUUUUAACUGUUAGAAUGAGUAUUUGUAAUCUUCUCGGUAAAACUAAGAAAUUAUAUCUUCGCAUAAUGUACCAGGGUGUAAGAAGUUACACGGUGUUUUAUACGCGACGGAAUAUUUUUUUAGUUUCUCCGUGAUUAUUUAGGUAGUUCGAGGGAUAAUGUAACUAUUAAAGCUCUCUGUUUCACCAGUUGUUAAGUUUAGCUAAUGGGCGUUGAUCUUGUUAACUUAGCAAUGUUAAGCGUUUUGUGAAGGCUGACGAGUUACUUACUUACUGUAUGACUUAGAAUAUUGGCGCUAGUGUCGACUUUUGACGUCAAUAAUUAGCAUUGUUAUUAGAAGUUAGUUCCUUAAAAUUCCACAAGAUGGCGUUGGUCAUGUUUGAACUUGUCAGCCCUUUAUGUCUAUUUCGCUUUUUUAUAUUCGGGUUGAAAAGAGACCCACUUUAAGAGCAAAUAAUUCUGCCAUGUUAUAACGUUGAUGCUGUUUAUUGCUCCGUAUUAAAUGUAACCAAAAAUAAUCAGCAUUAAUUGU